CUUCCCAGCCCCCUCCCCGUGAGAAGGGCGCGCGGGUUUGGCGCGAAGUUCGAGACGGACCGUCCGUGAGGAGGAGGCCUGGAGUUGAGCCUUCAGCGGCGAGCAACAGCGGCUAGAGUAAACGCUAACCGAGGGCUGCAGUAACUGUGGCCGCUUUACUCAAGACUUGCAAGCAUUUUCUCCAAAUUGAGGUAGUUGUAGCAGCUGCAGCGAUGUUUUAUGCUACCUUAUUUCUGAGCAAACGUGGGCCACUGGCAAAGAUUUGGCUAGCUGCCCAUUGGGACAAAAAGCUCACAAAAGCCCAUGUGUUUGAAUGCAACCUGGAGACUACUGUGGAAAACAUUAUUUCACCCAAGGUUAAAAUAGCGCUGAGAACUUCAGGACACCUGCUUUUAGGAGUAGUGAGGAUUUACCAUCGGAAGGCAAAGUACCUCUUAGCUGACUGCAAUGAGGCAUUCACAAAAAUCAAGAUAGCCUUUCGUCCUGAUAUUGUGGAUCUUGCUGAAGAAAACCUUGAAGCUACCUACAAUGCCAUAACAUUGCCAGAGGAGUUCCAUGAAUUUUCCAAUCAGCUCCCCGAUGUGGAUGCUAUUGAUGUUGCAGAACACUUUACAUUAAACCAGAGCACAGCUGAGGCGAUCACCCUUAGAGAAGAUCUAUGCAGUAUUCUUCAGUAUAAUGGCUUUGGUGAUGAUUAUGGAACAUUAAGUAAUAAUGGCAUAUUGGAUGACAAUCUGAUGAGCACCAGUGAAUCUAUACUUGCUGAAACUCCAGAAAAUAAUAAUUCCAGUGCUGUGAAAGACACAUUUACAUUAAACGGAGAUAAAAAUAACUUUCAAAAUGAUGGAUUUGGAGAUGAAGGAGCCACUUAUAUGUUAGAGGAGUUUCUCAGUGGCGAAGCUGAAAAUGCCUUUGUGGAUUUUGCAGAUACUAAUGGACGCAUGACUAGCGAUUUAUCCAAUAAAAACCUACCAACUUGUAAGUCUGGUGAGUCACAUGUUCCUGAUACUUUACUUCAAGAAGAUAGAACUGUAUGUGACCAAGCAACUCUGCUGCUCAACGAAGAGGAGGGCUUUGCCUUGCAGCCAGUCGAUACAACUGUUUCUUCAGAAAGGAAACGGAGUAAAAGGAGGAGAAAGCUUACUGUGGAUUGUGUUAAGGAGCUUGAUAGUAAAACCAUUCGUGAACAGAUUGAGGACUUCUCAGACAUAAUUACGACAAUAGAGCUGGCUCCACCUACUAAAAAGCUGAUGAUAUGGAAGGAGACAGGUGGAGUUGAAAGGCUCAACUCUCACCCUGCCCAGACCUUAAUAAAUUACAGAUUAUUAAAGUUGUUCAGCCAUUGCCUUAGAAAAAAUCUGUGGAGAGAGCAAAGUGAUCACAGUGACAAUGUAGAAAAAAGAUCCGAGAUUGAAGAAAUGAGAAGUGAGGAGCACAAUGUAAUUGAUUUGCCUAUUAUGGAAGAGCCUUAUAAUCUACAAGAUUCUGUAAUAAUUGAAUCCAGAAGGAGCAGCAUUGAUCAUGGACAGAAAAUAAGUAAAGAGCAAGACUUUCCAUCUGAAAAUGAGAUCCAUGAAUCUGAAAAAUUGGAUGUUGCUUUAAUACCAGUGGAACUUCUUGAAGACUCAUUAGUUGUUCAGCUUCCUACUGGAGAAGAAAGAGACAGUCAGCAAAAUGAAGUUACAGAGAAUCAAAAUAGAACUGGAAAUCAGGAUUAUGAUGAGACGCGUUGCAACAAAAGAUCACAGCAUCUUUGGCAUAACCUACAGCGGAUCCAUGACACAACAGGUGCAAAGUUUUUCAGCUUGCUGGAGCUGUGCAGAGAUCACAAUCGCAAACAGGCUGCUGCCAAAUUCUAUAGUCUCCUCAUGCUCAAGAAACAGUUGGUGCUUGAACUCACCCAAAGAGAACCUUAUAGUGACAUUAUUGCAACCCCAGGAACAAGAUUUUAUCUCUGAGUAUAUAUUAUAUUCUUUAUGUCUCUUUAAAAUAGCCUUCAGAAUUACAGUAAGUAUUUUUAUACCUUCUAAUGUUUAAUAAUUGCAACAUAGGAUUCAGAUGAUGAUAAUAAUUCCUCAUGUCACAAAUGUCAUGAGCUUUAUUUUAUUUCUGACCUGAGAUACCACACAGUCCUCCUGGAUUAAACAAAAAAUUCAUCUAGGUAUAAAGAUGAAGGGAGAAAUUCUCUUGGAGGGUACAGUGUUGCAAGUGAAUUAAAAAUCCAAAAAGCCUGUUCAAAUUCUCAAAAUUAGUUGAGCUGUGCAAACAAAUUUCCACCAGAUCUACUACUUCAAUAGCUUGUUGUCAAUGUUCACUAACUUCUGAAGAGAAUUUAAGGGACAUUGAACAAAUGUUCAACAGAAGUGCAUUAGCAGUACCAUUGCACAGUUCACAUUGUUUAGAUACAGUGGGGAUAGCAGUUAAUCAGGGUGGUUUCUUUGGUCUAUAUGUUCUCAUUUCCAUCGUUCAAUCCCACUAAGUUAACUUUAAAGGGGAGAUUCUCCUCAUCCCACGCAUGUUGAAGUUCAGAUAAUACAGGAAAAAGGCAGGAAGGGUUCAGCAGCACUAAAGGCAUCCACUUGAGUUUCCAGAAUUCACCUCACCUGGAUUGUUUAGUAGCUUAGAGACAAAUAUAGGUGAAAUACCCUCAAAAGUCCCUGGUUAUUGAAACACUUAUUUAGGUUAGUACCUGAUGAAUGCCCUCAUUCUAUCAAUAUGUCCAUCCCAUUAACAUUGAAUGUGUUCAAAAGAUCAUACAUUUCAUCACAUCAGCAUUAUUUCAACUGUAAUUUUGUUUUAAUGCUUGUUUAAAAGUUUUAGAUUGCACUGUUUUUUGUUUUU